CUCUCAGCAGCAAAUGGAGUGAAUGAGAUCCAUAAGCAUUCUGGCUGUUGGUUUUUCAGACAGAGAUAAAGCAUUUUGUUUGAACUGUUGUCAGCAUCUCAGAUACGGAUAUCAAGGCAUUCACGCGGAGCCCAGUGUGACUAGAAUCCAACAACAAUUUGCAUUAAUAAACAUUGGAAAGGCCCUGAAGAAGAGUGAAACAAUGUCAAUGAUUAGACAUGAGCAGUGGGAAAACGAUCAAUGUCGGUACUUGAACCUUCUUACAUAAAUUAGGGUGAUUUCACUUGGAACACCAUGUUUGGACAAAGUGUCAUACUGCAGCCUGUUCCUAUUCAAAGUCUCUCUGAAUUGGAGCGUGCAAGACUUCAGGAAGUGGCCUUCUUCCACCUUCAAAGGAAAAAUCUGGGCUGUCAAAUUACCAUUCCCAAAGAUGGGCCAAAAAGGAGGAAAUCUUUCCGACGAAAGAAAGAUGCUCUUUCCAAAGAGAAAAAAGAUAAAGAGUCGUAUCCUUUAGGAUUUGGGAUUCCUUUAUCACAAGUCAUCCUCAAUGAUCGUGCAUGUAAGAAAAAGCAAGAUGCAAUGAAGGAAGGGCGAAGGGACUGCCUUGAUUUGGAGUCGACAGUAAUGAGAUUUCGGGCAAAGAAGCAACAUAAACAUUUAUAUGACAGUGAUGCAUUCCUGCAGUCAGCAUCAGAAAUAGUAAACGAACCCCUCUCUCCAACUUUUCUGGAUAAUCUUUCUCGAGGCCACAGACGGGGUGCAGUAUCUGUUGAUUCCAUCACUGACCUAGACGACAACCAGUCACGAUUGCUGGAAGCCCUUCAGCUCUCUCUACCAUUGGAACGGGAAAGGAAAAGUGUAAGAAAGACGAAAAAGAAGCUCAGCCUGAACCCCAUAUUCCGGCAGGUCCCCAGAAUAGUGCAGCAAUGCUGUCAGCACAUUGAAAAAUAUGGUCUUCAAACAGUUGGUAUUUUCCGAGUUGGAAGCUCUAAGAAAAGAGUUCGACAGCUGCGAGAUGAGUUUGAUCAAGGUCUACACGUGGUUUUGGAUGAAGAACACAGUGUCCAUGACGUGGCAGCUUUACUUAAAGAGUUCUUACGGGACAUGCCAGAUCCUCUUCUUCCCAAGGAACUCUACUCAGCCUUCAUCAACACCAUGACCAUGAAGCAGAAAGACCAGCUCUCCAUCCUCCAGCUGCUGAUUUAUCUGUUACCUCCGUGUAACUGUGACACAUUACUCCGAUUACUUGAGUUGCUGUCAAAGGUGGCGAGCCAUGCUCACGACACGCUUGGAGAAGAUGGGCAAGAGAUGACUGGAAACAAAAUGACUGUCGUCAAUCUGGCUACCAUCUUUGGCCCAAACCUCCUUUAUAGGGAGAUACUGUCUGACAAAGACUACAGUGUGCAGGCAGCUCAAGUGGAGGAAAGCUCUGCAAUCAUUGGGGUCAUUCAAAAAAUGAUUGAGAACUACUCAACGCUAUUUGCGGUUGCUCCAGAGUUUCAGCAUGAAGUGUUAAUGAGUUUGAUGCAAACGGACAAUGAUGUUGUUCACUAUCUCCUACGUAGAAAGCUGAAAUACCAUUUGGGCUCUGAUGACGAAAGUGAGAGAUUUGGUAUGGCAGAACACCACUGCUCGAAGUCUACGUGUGACUCCUGCAGCUCCAUAAGUGGUGACCACACACCAAUGAACAUUUCACCCAGCUUCUGUGAAGGCCCAUCUGUGACAGAUGAGAAGGAGAUGAGUUCAGGUUCAGAGUUGUUUAAAGUAUCUGAAGAACUGUCAUUCUUUGGAAAGCAUGGAAAGGCCUUUUCUACUGAAUCUCUGAAAGAUUCAUUUGAAGAGACUGGUGGGAAAUGGUCUAUUGGUCAACGGAGAGCAUCUCAUUCACAUGAGAACCUUGCAACGACACUUCUUUUGGAACCAUCAAAAGGAUUUGUGCAAGAUGUAGAGUUCAGGACACAAAACCCAACUUCAGUUCCAAUGAACAAGUCUCCUGACAUAUCCUUAGCAACCAGUUCCCAAACACCCUACAACAGUCAUCAUAUGCUCACAAGUCUUAAUUGCACUCGAUUCCUCACAGGCAGCACUGAAGAAUUGAAGAAGAAUACAAAAACAACAACUAAACUGCGAAGAGUACGUUCAGAUCUUUAUUCAAAAUGUGGAAGUCCUAUCUUGCAUUCAUGUGCUGCUAAAACAGGCAGAGACUUUAAGAAGUGCAGUGAAGUUGCUAGCUCAUCUAGCAAUGACCAUUUGAGAAAAAAUCUAUCUACUGCAUCUAGCUUCUUUCCUGAGGCAUCCAAGUCGUGUGAGGCACUACAAAAUGAGAAAAGUAGGGAGGAAAUGGAAGCUAAAGUGUGGGUGAGAAGGGUCAGUGAAGCUUGUUCUCCAACCAAAACACAGAGACAACAGCAACUUCAGCAUUGUAAGUUCAAAGAUGAGCAGAAAAAAAAUUCUGUUCGUGAAACUGCUGUAUAAUUUUCAAAAUUUCCUGUUCAUUGAACAUCUCCAAAAAGAAGUUGCUUCAGCACUUCUGGGAAUAAUUUCGACUCCAUUAUUUCAUGCUCGUUGUUAGGUUUUACACAUUUGUGUAGGACUUGUCUGACUUACUAAUCUCAAAUUUUGCUAUUAUUUCCCCAUUAGUAAAUAUUAUAGAUAUUGUUGUUUAAUUGCCCCUUCUUGUUGCCCCUGGCAGUUGUCUCUGUGUUGAUGUUAAGUUUAGCAAAACUGAAAUCUCUACAUGUUUAUGCGCUUGUACUUUAUUUAAAAUGAGCGAGGAUCUUUCUCAGUCUGUCUUGUUUCUUGUAUUAAGUCCGUGAAUUAUUAACACUUAAAGGAAUGUUCAGGCCUUGUUGGAUUGUAGGAAUGACAACACAGACAGAGAAAAGGCAAUUUGACCCCUGAACUCUGCUCUUUCCAUGCAUUGUACAAUCUGUUCUAUCAUGGACUGCACCCAGUUUAUUUAUUGCAAUGUCCUGAGGCCAGGUUUUGCAAAAAUUUCUCAACUCUUUGAAGCAAACAAGCAAAACUCCAGAAUUCUGCCUCCGUUAAAGCUACUGCAAUGAAUUCAUAGACUUCUGAGUGUUUAUAAAACAUAUUAAAUCAUUUUGCAUUAGUUAGUUGUGUGGAUGGGUACUGCUUUUCUUCGUGUUUAUGGACUGGUUCGUGAUAAGGGAGCAUUCCAUUCCUGAAGGGUGUCUCAGAUCUGAACUUGCUUUUCCUCCUUGUGUUGGACCGAUAUAAUCUAAGAACUGGAGGAUUAAACAUUGCCUUUUCCACUAUGUGCUAUGUGUUUGAAUCCAAGACAAAUGAUCAGAUGAGUGUUUCCUCCUUGCUUGAUGUAAAUGUCCUCUUUUAAAUAAUCUUAGGCAGGGAUCAAUCUAGUUGCUAUUGGGUACUUGAACACAGGCUGUCCCUAAUACAGAACUAAUUUUGUUCAGCAGAAACACUUCAAUGUGAAAUGGAAAUGUCACUGGGGAUUAAUUCAUCCUGAAGAUGGUUGCUUACAAUGUCAUAGCUUUAAUGUUCCUCAUCUUGGUAAGCAAAAAGUACUAAGUAAAUAUAUGACAAAUCCUCGUCUUUAUUUUCAAAUAUUUGAAAUUAAAAUCUUCCCAGAUGUAUUCAUCCUGGACAUUCCUCUAAUUGUUUAGAAUAUUCAAUUGCAUUAUAAAGUGCAAUGAUUCUUUUUGGAUCCAAAUAAGAAUUUUUUAAGUGUUAUUUGUGUUCAAAUCAUGUUUAUGCAUUACCUGUUAUUGUAAAGAUUUAAUCCAGUGCUUUCGUUUGCAGCAGAAACAUGAUAAUUUCCUUGUUAUGUGGGCUGCGAUUUUCAGAAUUUUCAUUGCUUCAAUAUUGCUGCAUUGCUAAUGGCAAGGGCUUUGUAUAUCAGAACAUUGUGGUAAAUUAAAUCAUUUCAGCUUCAAAUAAGAAAUGGAAUGUGCCAGUUCAGUUAAUAGUCGGAAUUAUGAAUUAGGAGGAAACAUCCACUGGAAUUUGCUGACCUAAUUAUUUCCUGUAAUUCUGUUAAAAGCACAUGGUUGUUGGAUAUAGGGUGAGGGCAUGGCAAACUUUGACACCCACUGAAAGUUAUACAAUGGCAGUUCUACUUCAUACAGGUUUUAUUUAGCUAAGCAUGUUUUCUUCAUGUGGGUGUGUACAACUAUUUUGAGGCUGCAUAUAGCUUGAUUCUCUUAUGAUCCCUACAGAUAUCCAAAUCUUUUACAAAGGGAUCAAUUUCCCAGUGACUAACACAAGUAAACUGAAGGAUAAAAUGCUACAUUCUAAGAAUUUCACUAUAAUCUGCAAACUAAAAUCAGUGUGACUUAAACAUUAAUUUGGUUUAAUUGUGACCGUUAAGUAAAGACACUGUCACAUUAGCCAGCUAAGUAAUCAAGCUAUGUCACAAUCCCUUUUGCUGUGCACUGUAUUUACAGAUUUGUAGCAUUACAGAAACAGUCCCACUGUAACUCCUGGAUUUCCAGCAGGCCCACUUCAAACAUCAUUCCACUCAGCCCGUUACACUUAGGUCUAAUUUUCACCAGCAAGACAUCUCCUCUUCAUGAAAACAGUUCUGUACCCUUACUUUGAAACAGAAAAAUAAAACACCUCUGCCGACAUCAAGCUUGGUCGUUAGCACAUACCAGCUUCUCUCUGUUUCUCCAUGGCUGGCAGACAGAUGAUAGUCACUCACCUGCAGAUUAUGUGGGCCUAUCUGAGUGGAAGUCUUUCGUAUGACCUCACCAUUCCACUUUUCAGAACAUUAACUUAACAGAACAAAAGGGACAUUUAAAACAAUUAUAAAAUCCAGCUGUUUAACAAUAUCUUAGUCUGCACAGGUUGAAGCUAGUGAAAUGAUUAAAGAUUAUAAUAAUUUUAUAAAGUUUACAUUGUAAAACAAAGAUGGUCUUAAAUUUAACCAUAAAACCCCUUCCCUAAUGGAUGGCAAAGAGACAGUUUAAAAUGUUAAGACUUGAUAAGAUGGUGCCAAUCCCAUCUGUUUAAACUUUUGAAGUUCAUAAACCAGUGUAUGCAUGAGACUUUUGUAAAGCCUUGCUAGGGCAUAAUUAACAUUUCAAAAUUAUGACCUGACAACAUGAUCUGCACCACCACUCACAUUUAAUAGUGAUCAACAGAAAGCAUAAACUUUGGGCUUCUCAGCAGCUGAUCCAAAGCAGGAGUUGUUGGGUUACUCAGUUUAUGGUUCAUACAGAAUUCAGUGGGCUAACCACAGCAGGUCUGAUUUUCACAGGCCAAAGAUACCUUUUGCCUAAAUCCCAGGCCUGGUCACAGGCUUCUCUACCUCAACUGCUGACUUGCCCCAAGAUAUACUAUUAACUGACCCAAACUGAUACCCCAGCACUGGGGGAGGGACUCAAUCUUCAACAUCCUCAAGCUACAGCCCCCAGCCCCAAAGAUUUCCCUUCUAGACAAUGGUCAAGAAGGACAGUUGAUUUGAUGCCCUAUAUGAGUAUAGGGUCUACAACAUACUAUAGGCUUUAAUGCGUUACUGAUGGUCUACUGUUACUUAGUAAGCUUUUUUGGCUAAAUAGAUACAAUUGACUGUACAGCUUCCUUCUGCACUGUAAGUGUCUAUGUGUGGAAUUUAGUGCUGUCCCACGAGACAAGUUUAGUGUUAAGGGGGAUUUGAUCCACUUCCUACUUCUGCCCCAAUUAAGUUUGAAACAGGAAGGCUCAUGAAGAGCAGAUUGAGACUAUUAAGUGGGAAAUUACUCCAAUUAAUUGACUCUGCCCACAUCUGCUGGGAUCUCCUCAGUGAUGGGCAAUGGACUUGCCAUGAGGACGCCCGAGAAAGAAACUCUACUUUGUUUUCUUGUGGAUUUCUGAGAGUAGUGGCAUCUCUCAUUCAAAGGCGCACAGUGACUAGUCAAAGGACUUGGCAUCAUGAGGAGGGUCUCAGAGUUACCCUCCAUGCCAUUUCUGCCAAACUCCCUCCCAUAAUCUCCAUCAAUCAUGUCUUACCCUAACUGUGACUGGGUCUCUCAGUAACGCAUAGCAACUGGCAGCUGUUGGUGGAGGCGGGGUGAAAGAAGAGGGCAUAGUUUCUGCCUCUGGAACACAUCAUUCCCACCCAAAAGGGUCCUUCAUCCUAGGGAAGGCCCAGUACUGUCCAAUUAAGUGCCAGAUGGACAUUUAAUGUCCUUCCUGAAAGGAGGUGCAGUUGUGCCCUAGAUCUAUUUACAUUUAAAUAGAUUAAGAUUUAAUAAAUAUUUAAUUGGAUGGUUGAGAAGGCAAAUUUAUUCAGCAUUUAUUAUAUCAUAUAUUUGAUCUAGACUGACUGAGCCUGUGUUUAGGGAGCUGUGCCCUUUUUUAAAUCUGUGUAAUAAUUAAAGAAAGUGCGUUCAAACAGGAUCAGAGGGUGGAUGAUAACAGACAGAAGAGUACCUCAUCUGAGAUUGGUUUCUUAAUUGUAAAUGUGACCAGUUCACCAGCAGUCUCAUUGGUCACCAUGACAAAGAUAUCCAAAAAACAACAAACAACAUAUUGGUCAUUUUGCAACAAUUGCCAGUAUUUUCAAAAGACUGCCCAGUUCUCAAAGUGGGUCUUGGCUGACAUGUUAUUGAGUUUGUCAGGUUUUAUGAUACAAUAAAACAUUGAGGGACAAAUGAGGUAACGUUAAGGAUGAUGUGCAACAGGUUUCAGGAAGAAGUUUUAUUGAUGACUUAAUGAUCAAAUACUCCUUUAUCAAAAGUUGUUGAAUCACACAUCUGAUUUGGCGUGCAGUUACAGAUAGAAUCAAAUGAUACAGGACAGAAGAGGUUCCUUAUGAUAGGAUUUGUCACACACGGAUUAAGUAAGGUUAAAAAUUUCAACCAAAGCUCCUGCUCCCCAUUCUUCUAAAUGUCUCAUGAAAAAUCUGUGCUUACUUUCAUAUUCAAACAUUAUCUAGCCAGCUCACGUUUGAAAAAAUGGCUACUUGGGGGGAAUGCUCAAGGACUGGAAGUUGUUGUACAAUUUCCCAGCUGUGAAGAAUUAGCAUCUUUAGUGGAGAAUAAAUACCAAACAAAUUGCCUCCCCUUGAGGUCCUUUUUAGUGAUGUUGUAAUGUAAUAACCAAAAUGUCUUAUUCUCUCCUGACAGAAGCAGCAGAGAUCAAUAUUUUUUGUAUGCUGAUUGACUUCGCAAUUGCAUUACCAUUGUGUCUCUAUGGCAGCUUGGUUGAAAUAAAACUGCAAUUUGAAAUUAAUAAACCAAUUCAGAAA